AUGAAUCUUCGUGGGUACUUUGCAUUGAACGGUUUUUUAGACGCUUUUUCUUUUUUACCAUGUAGUGCUGAUAUGGAUCGUGAUGCGUUAGAUUUAGAUUUAGAUCAAAUGGAUAUUAGAAAAAGUCAAACAAGUUUAACGAGUGCAAAUGAACUUAUGUAUUUAGGAGAGGUAAGUAAUUGUAUAACAUUUAACAAUGUUUUAUUAUGUUAUUUUUAACGUAACAAGUUUUAUUAUAUAAAAAAAGAAAAAAAACAAUUCGUUAAUUCAGUUUUUAUAACAUCUCAUAGACUGAUGCUGUUUGACACAUGUUGUGUGUAUAUGCGUCCUAUAUUUAGUUGAAUUUUUAAGCUCAGUUUUAUUCUUUUAUAGUUUUAGAAAUUAUAGCAUUGAAUUUGAUUAGUCUUUUGACGUGCUGUUCCGUUGUUCUUCCUUUUGAAUCUCUCUUAUUACAAAGAAAAAUAAAUAGAUUCAAAUUGUCCUAUUUUUCUGCCGUCAAGAAUUGAACCAAUAACAAGUAAAAUGCCGCUAAAACUAGAGUAAAUAAACAAUAAUUUCUAUCGUGAUAAAUCUAAACUGUCAAAAUGAUAAUAUUUUAUAUUAGCAUUCUUCUUCUCUACCUUAGUUACGGCAAACAAUAAUGAAUUUGUCUUAAGAUUAGAACCUUAAUUAGAAUUAAUUAGAACCUGAAAAAAUUGAUGUCUCCUCUUCAACUGUAGAAGAUAAUUUAUAUUCCACUACAAACUCAAAAGGCUACUAGUUCACACAAGGGAUCUACAAAAAAUUGUAACAAAAAAGAUUGAUUUUGUACCAUAACUCAUGAUAUUCAACUUCUUUUAUUAAUGGUAUGAAACGAAUCGCUUCGUUUAAUAAAAUUUUUUUAAAAUUAGUGAACUAUUGUGUUAGAAAUACAACUUUUUGAAUAAAUUAUGAGUAUUCAGGGGCCCGUAAUACGAAAAAACUUAAGUCACAGUUUGGAUUUAAGUCAGAACUUAAGUCUCUGGACUAAAGUUUUACCGUAUUACAAAAAAAUUUAAAUCCCAGCGUGAUUUAAGUCAUGGAAAAUGUAGUCUUAAAGUUAAGUCGAACUUAAGUCAUUGACGCAUUUUUCGAAUAGCUGAGUCAUUUAAAGAUACGAUUUGACAAACACGGCUUUUUAAAGUUUAGAGAAUAAAUAUUUCGUUAUUUUGCGGGUUUUUAUCCCAAGUUUGUCACUGUUGCCAACGACUUUCAAAAAGUAGAUAAAUCCCCAACUUAAGUCUUUUCGUAAUACGGUUUAUGUCCCCAGACUUAAAUUGGUCUUAAACUUAGACUUAAAUCACGACUUAAGUUUUUUUGUGAUAGGAGCCCAGGGCACGCUUAGUCCUAUAAAUGAGAUAGAAAUGAACGACUUUGUCCAUUCAAUUGUAUUCCAUUACUACACCUAUUCUCUUACAGCUUUCAGACUCUCGUUUCUGUGAAAUCGUUAUUAAUUACUGUUACGAGAAACAUUCGUUCGAAAUCAGGUGUCAAUAGAAAAUAAUAUUUCCACUCCACUUUUUCAAUGGUAUCUGGUGUGAGAAAAGUUUCUGUUCUAUGUAGUCAUCAUGUAGAGAAAAGUCAUGAGCAAUAAUUCAGUUAGUGUUAAAACAUAUUACAGUUAAGUAGAAUCUCUUCACAAUCUGAUUUGAAAAUCAUAUAUUAUCAGUAUCAAUCAUAAGUAGUGCAUUAAUGGUGAUUGUACAUAUACAUACAUGCAUAUUCCUCAAAACCUCACUCUAUGUAAGGCACAUCAAAUUCGAAGUUUAAGCACUAUUAAAUUGUUGACUAUAUUAUCCAUGGUUCGAUGGAGCUCGACGAACUGAUAAAAAAUAUCUAGAUUUUAAUUGAAAAAGAUUGGAUUUUGAAAGAGACAUUUUCAAAAUACUGAAAGGAUCUAGAAUUUCAUAAAACCGUUAGAUUGUAAAAAUUAUUGAAUAUUUUUUUCGUAUUCCAUUUAAAAAAGCCACAUAAUGUGUCUAAAAUUGAAUCUCAUGUCCAGAGAGAGUCUAAGGUGCGCGAAUAAAUUUUGGAAAUCUAUCUAGUUUCUUCUGUUAAGAGAUGUAAGCUUGAUUUAUAUCACGUUCAAUUCGUCUUUACGCAACCAAAAAAAGUAUGCAUGGCUUUUAUUGAAAUUCCCUUUCGUUGCUGAGAAAAUUCAUUUUUUCUAAAUCCUAGACGAAAAAGUCAGAAUUCUGCCCGAAAUUCUCAAUUGUCUCCAUCAGAACGCAAUUUUGAUGCAAUAAAAAUAUCAUAUCCAGAAUCAGAUUCAAACACUGAGUCAAUUAAUGUAUAUUUCGAUUGUAUUCGACUGCUUUAUUUUUUGUCGAAUUUCCACGUUAAAUUAUUAUCGAGACGUUCACCAAAAAAUGAAAAUGAACUAAAAAUUUCGAACUAUACAUUAGCCGACUCGGUUUUUGAUCCUGAUUCUGGAUAUGAUAUUUUUAUUGCAUCAAAAUUGCGUUCUGAUGG